CGCCGCGACAGAGCCAGGACAGGCACAGAGCAAGGCUGAGAAAGGACAUCAUGGUUUUAAGACUCCGUCUCUCGCGCGUCUCAACGCCUUCGGGAGCCAAACGACACUCGCCCUUCUACAACAUCGUCCUCGCCCAGGACAAAACCGCCCGCGACUCUAAGCCGAUGGAAGUCCUCGGCACCUACGAUCCCAUUCCCAAAUUGCCCGUAGGCGCCGAGCCUGGACAGAAAAAGCAAAAGGAUAUCAAGAUCGACGUCAGUCGAGCCAAGUACUGGCUAGGCGUGGGCGCGCAGCCGAGUGAUACUGUGUGGAGGUUGUUGAGUAUGAUUGGUCUCUUGGAGCCGAGAUAUCUACCUUCUGGACCUCAGACAUUGAAAGCUACGAGAUUUCCGACACAUCUGCCCAAGACGGACGGCGUGGUGAGGCAAACCGAGUCAGAUCGGUUGCAGAAGAGAAUGGCGCCAUUCAGGUCAGGCAAGAAGCCUGUGACGCAGGCCAUCGAGGAACAGCAGAGAAGUACGAGGUAGCUCGUGGAGGGGAAGCAGAAAGCUUCGAGGACAUUGGAAGAAUAUCCGCCUGCGAGUAACACGAGUUCAAUGGACCCUAAUGCUAUGUGAGAACAGAGUAACAGAGGGGGCGAGAGAGAGAGAGAGAGAGAGAGAGAGAA